UUGAAACUGAGCAAAAUGAAAUUCCUGAUUGCAUUCGCCUUGGUGGCUGCUGUCAGCGCCGAUGUGUCGCAUCUGUUCUCGCACAGCGACAAUCUGCAGGAUGAUGGAUACCAUUACCAACAGCCUGCCAAGCAGUUUGUCAUUGAUGUGCCAAGCGUGCCCCAUCAUUACGAGCAGCCUGCUCCAGUUGUCUACGAGAAGCCUGCUCCAGUUGUCUAUGAGAAGCCUGCUCCCGUUGUCUACCAGAAACCUGCUCCAGUAGUCUAUGAGAAGCCUGCUCCAGUUGUCUACGAGCAGCCAGCUCCAGUUGUCUACCAGAAGCCUGCUCCAGUAGUCUAUGAGAAGCCUGCUCCUGUGGUCUACCAGAAGCCUGCUCCAGUAGUCUAUGAGAAGCCUGCUCCAGUAGUCUACGAGAAACCCGCUCCUGUGGUCUACCAGAAACCCGCUCCUGUUGUCUAUGAGAAGCCCGCUCCAGUUGUCUAUCAGAAGCCAACUCCAGCCGGACUCCUGAAGGAUGAUGGAUACCAUUAUGGCCAGCCUGCAAUCAAAUUCGAACCAACUCCCGUUGUUACACCCGUCUACAAGCCACAGCCAGCACCUAAGCCACAGCCAACUUUCAAGCCUGUGGCCCCUAAGGUUGUUGUGCCUGCCAAGCCCGUCAACGAAUAUCUGCCUCCUGUUGUCGUGAAGGUUACUCCAGCUCCAGUUGUCUACAAGCCCAAGCCAGUGAUCCCAGUGACCCCUAAGGUUGUUGUGCCUGCCAAGCCCGUCAAUGAAUACCUGCCUCCUGUUGUCGUGAAGGUUACUCCAGCUCCAGUUGUCUACAAGCCCAAGCCAGUGAUCCCAGUUGCUCCUAAGGUUGUUGUGCCUGCCAAGCCUGUCAAUGAAUACCUGCCUCCUGUUGUCGUGAAGGUCACUCCAGCUCCAGUUGUCUACAAGCCCAAGCCAGUGAUCCCAGUAGCUCCUAAGGUUGUGGUUCCCGUCAAGCCUAAUAACGAGUAUCUGCCCCCUGUGGUCUUCAAGCCCCAACCUGCAGCACCCAAGCCAGUUGCUCCAGUCUACCAUCCAGAGCCUGUGGUUCCUAAGCCAGUCUACCAUCCAGAGCCUGUGGUUCCUAAGCCAGUCUACCGCCCAGAGCCUGUGGUUCCUAAGCCAGUCUACCGCCCAGAGCCUGUGGUUCCCAAGCCUGUCUACCGCCCAGAGCCUGUGGCUCCAGUCUACCAUCCAGAGCCCAGGCCAGUGGCUCCAGUCUACCACCCAGAGCCUGUGGCUCCCAUCUUCCGUCAGCCCGAGCCCGUGCACCAGGGCUACAGCUACCCUAAUGACCCCCAGCCAUCCUUCGAAUAUUAAGGAAAACUUGUUGUUAUUAGGAAAAAUAAACCAUCCUGUAGUAUUAGAUCCUUUUUAACGAAUGUCGAUUAAAACGUCACUUUAAAUAAAAUGACUCACGAAAUUGAAAAAAGAAUUAAA